CUGCCGCAGAAGGACCACAGGGAAAACAAAGACUUCUCUCUGCGUCGUCGUGUACGUGCGGUCCAAAGGACAAAGAAAAGGCGAGCGAGAGGCGUCACAACAUAAACCCCGCGCCCGUUCCGUGCCGUCCGCUGAUUCAUCCGCCACGAAAGGAGACGCGCGAAAUAUGGCACUAGACUUUGCGGCCACUUACAAGGUGCUUGUGCUGGGAGAUUCGAACGUCGGCAAGACUUGUAUCGUUCAUAGAUACUGCGACGAGCGUUACUUCGAUACUUACAUUUCAACGAUAGGCAUCGAUUUCAAGCAGAAACUUAUCAACCUGGACGGUGUGCCAAUCAAGCUGCAGAUCUGGGACACGGCUGGCCAGGAGCGGUUCCGUACGCUGACGACUGCCUACUAUCGCGGGGCCAUGGGAAUCCUACUGAUGUACGACGUGACGAGUUUGGAUUCGUUCAACAACCUGUCGUACUGGCUGCGAAACAUACAGGAGAACGCAGCCCCGGACGUGGUGAAGGUCCUGGCUGGUAAUAAGUGCGAAUGCAAUCCUCCGCAGCGUGCCGUCGACAAGGAGCGGGGCGAAAAGAUUGCCGAGAACUUUGAUAUGCCCUUCUUUGAGGUGUCCUGCAAACAGAACAUCAACAUCGAGGAUGCGUUCUUGACGUUGGCUCGCAAGAUCCGUGAACAGCGAGAGCACAGAGGUGAAAACUUUGACGAUGGCGAUCGUCAGAAGGGACUGCAGGAUAUGAUCAAGAAUGGGCCCGGCUCGAACGGGCUGGGGCCGUUCACGUUAGGCAGUGGCGGUGAAGGUGGCCGCUGUUCGUGUUAAGGUGAACCGAACGCAAGGACGGCGGACACACGAAAACCCUAUAAUCUUUCAUGAUAAGACUUACCACUAGUGGAUUUGGAUCUGGGAAUGAGGAGCGAGUUUUAGACUGCGGCGACGCCAUCGUGUGCAGCACACGCGGACGUUCAGAGAGCACAAAUAAGAAGAGGUAUUCAAAUAACGCUUCAGUACUGCACGCAGCUGCCUCUCCUGAUGAUUAGAAGGAAUCCACGGACGGUCGAGCAAUUGGCAGCACUCCCGCGAGAGAGUCCUGCCGGGCUGGAGCUGUGACAAUUUGAGCACUCAUAUCACCGCUAUCGUCUUAUAGCUUGAUGUGUCCCGAAGCUCCCCCCAAUUAUCCCUCGGCCAGGUAUUACUUUAUAUUAUCCGAAUAGAGGCCUGAGUUGUAAUUCAUUUGUUAAUAGCCAGCCAGUGUAGCAUUUUUGAACUAAUGGCCUCACGGGCACAUUUAUUUCCCAAAAUUACUUAACCCUAGCGCGUCUAUCGAAACAUGUUCGUAGCUCUAGAGUAUGUAUGUGACCGGUAAGAGUUUUCGUCAUUGGUUUUUAAGACAGUAUUUUUUAAACAUGCAGUGGUUAAAUAGUAAAUGCUCUGCAACGCUCCACCAGCAUCUUGUAACGUGUAAAAUCAUAUUUCUCUCUUUGAACUGUAGACAAAAGGAGUGGAUACUGCUUUAACCGUACUCCGUAGGAGAAUAAAUCAUUCCGAUCUUUUUUUUUGCUUUAUUGUUUCAAACCAAUCGGACACUUUGAAAACAGAAGCUAUAUAAACCUUAGGCUACGCUUAAGGUGUAGGGCAGCGGCUCGGCGUUUGAAUGAAACUUUUAAACCCUACCGGAUCAUUUAUGUAGAUUUACUCUGUUGAAGAUGACGGUAGAAGUGCAACGGAUGUGUAAACAUAAAGCAAAUCUAGUCGUAGAUCAAACGAGCAAGAUGGGAUGCCAGAGCAUCAUGAAUACGAAAGAAUUAGUCCACCUGGAAUCGGCAUCGAGAAGCGACACGAUUGGGCGUACGGCAAGCGGGACUCACUGUGGGGGCAAUCCUCCCGGAAGAAGGCAGGAAUAAAACAUAAUUACAAUUUUACUAUAUACCGAGACCCGUUCGUGACACCAUGCUAAUGCCGCUAAUGCGUGAAAUGUUACACAUAUACGAGGAGUAGCUGAGCGGCGGCGGACGAUCGGCGAUAGCGCGGAACACCGGAACUGAUACGAUUCGAGCGUAAAACAAGAUAAAUCUUUGGGUUGAUUGAACAAUUGAAGGUAGUUUUCUUUCUAACUAUUUGAAAAUAAAAUAA